GGGUUCGGACUUGGUGGCCUCCCGGGCCACUGGGAAGCGGGUUCCACCGCGGGCGGCUGCCCCCAGAGUUCAGCGCUUCGUGGAGUCGGGGCUGCGCGCGCGCCCCCCUUCUCGAUUUCAAGCUGGAGAUCUUAAAGACCCUCGAGAAAAGCCACGUGGGGGGCUGGUUCCCCUGGGGCUUCCUGCCGUCCCCCGACUGCCUGAUCCUCUGGAGCGUCCCAGACGCGUGCAAGGACGUGGACCUGGACGUGCUGGUGGACGCCCUGAAGCCCGUGGGCACGUUUAAGAAGAUCGGGAAGGUGUUCCGGAGGGAGGACUCCACGGUGGGCAUGCUGCAGAUCGGGGAGGACGUGGACUACCUGCGCAUCCCGCGCGAGGUGCUGCUGGCCGGCGGCGUCUGGCGUGUCAUCUCCAAGCCCGCCACCAAGGAGGCGGAAUUUCGGGAGCGGCUGACGCAGUUCCUGGAGGAAGAGGGCCGCACGCUGGAGGACGUGGCCCGCAUCAUCGAGAAGAGCACCCCGCACCCACCGCAGCCCCCCGCCAAGUCCAAGGCGCCCCGGGUGCGCCGGCGCGUACCGCAGAUGGCCAUCCCCCCACCUCGGCUGGUCGUGGGCACCUACGACAGCAGCAACGCCAGCGACAGCGACCUCAGCGACUUCGAGACCUCCCGCCCUGCGGGGGGCCGGGCCCGGGCGCGCAGGAUGCCGGUCAGUUACCUGGGCAGCAAGUACCUGGGCAGCGACGUGGAGAGCGGAGACGACGAGGAGCUGGUGGACGCGUUCCUGCGGCGCGGGGAGCAGCCGGCCGGCGCCCUCCAGCCCCUGCGCCGCCGCCUAGCCGUACCCGUGCCCACCGUGGACGACAACCCGGGGCCCCAGCUGACCAAGGCUGACCGGUGGCGGGAGUGCGUCCGCCAGGUGUCCUGGGGGAAGCUGAGGCAGAGAGUGAAGGGGUGGGCUCCCAGAGCCGGCCCUGGGUCAGGUGAGGUCCAGCCGGCUUUGGCUGUGGAGCAGAGCGCAGAGGCGCCCGCAGCAGAAGGUGCCAGUGGAGGCGAUGAUGUGGGCAGCGGCCUGGAUGCCCAGGGCCCCGUGGGCACCCCGCGGAAGCAGUGGAAACCCAAGAUCAACUGGGCCUCUUUAAGGCGCCGGCACAGCAGAAAGGAGGUGGCAGAUUUCCCUGCUGACCAGAUCCCAGGGGGUGCAGAUGAUCAGAGAGCAGAGGCUGUAGAUAAUCAGAGGGCAGAGGUCAUUGUGCUCCAGGAAGCAGAGGCUGGUGAUAACCAGCUGGCAGAGGUUAUGGUUGUCCAGGAAGCAGAGGUAGAUAAUCCAAGGGCAGAGGCACCAGCUGCGGAGGAUGCAGAGGCGGAAGAUAAUCAAAGGGCAGAGGCCCCAGCUGUCAAAGAGGCAGAGGCUGAAGAUAAUCAGAGCGCAGAGGCCCCAGCUGUCCAGGCAGAGGCUGAAGAUAAUCAGAGGGCAGAGGCUGGUGAUAACCAGAGGGCAGAGGUUAUAGCUGUCCAGGGGGAAGAAGCUGCAGAUAAUCAGAGGGCCCAGGCCCCAGCUGUCCAAGGAGUACUGGCCUCCGUUAGCCAGAGGCCAGAGGCCCUCGCUAGUCAGAGGGAGGCUGUCAUUCUCCAGAGAGCGGACCUCCCCCAUAGCCGGAGGGCAGAGGCCCCCCUAGUUGAGGGAGCAGGAGCUGCCCUUUCCGGGAUGCAGGCCCCAGAUGUGCACGAUGCUGCCCGAGGGGCCUCAGGGGCCACUUCAGGAGCUCGGGCCCGGAAGCAGGUGAAGACAGUGAGGUUCCAGACCCCGGGUCGCUUCUCCUGGUUCCGCAAGCGCCGGAGAGCUCUGUGGGCCAGCCCGCGGCUGCCUACGCUGCCCAAGAGGGAACCCCGGGCAGGGGAGGCCAGCAGUCUGCGGGCACUGAGGGCCCAGGCCAGGGCAGAAGCUGGGCUAGGGGAGCAUGAAGAGCAGCUGUGAGGGGGCGGGGGUGUGAGACCCCACCAGCCACAUGCAGGGGACCAGCGUGCUCUCCCACAUGUGUUCUAGCUGGAGGUUAAACGGGCUGGUCUUACCUCCCGGUCUCCACCCAACACCCCGCUUAUUUUCCUUGUUACAGAUUUAUUUUUUUCUUUUGCAUUGAUUUAAAAAGAAAUGUUUUUUCCUUGCACCCCAACUGGAAUGUAAAGGAAGAACUGGGCGGGGCGGGGUGUGUGUGACAGAUUCCUCCAUCCAGCUGCGGGUGCUUGGCUUGCCAAAGGGAGGGAAGCCCACAGACACAUUUCUUUUUCUUUCUUCCCCCUUUCUUUCCUCCUCUGGCCUGUCUCUGAACCCCGCUGUCUCCUUAAUGAACCAGAGCCACAUGCAAAUAAAAAUAAUCAAGCACCGAU